CUGGCAUUACUUGGCAAUUUUGGAUGCCGAUUUCUGUGAAAAAUAAUUUAAAACAUAAACAGUAGUGAAACGCAAAUUGCAAGUGCUUGAAAAAUGACAAAUGCUGCUGAUGUUGCAACACACGAUGUAGAAAUGGAGGUGGACGCCACGGCGGAAACGUUGGCGGAUGAGAAGAAAAAUCAAGACCUCGCCGCCGUUCAAGAAAUACGCGAGCAAAUUCGUCAGAUUGAAAAGUCUGUUGCCUCCAAGGAAUCACGCUUUAUUUUGCGUGUGCUGCGCAAUUUGCCCAACACUCGCCGUAAGCUGAAUGGCGUCGUCUUCCGCAACUUGGCGCAAACCAUUUAUCCAGUUGGAGCUGAGCGCGAGGGCGCCUUGGCGUUGACGCCUGCCCUGGAGAAGGAUGCCACCGAAUUGCCCGAUGUGGCCAAGAAGCAAGUGGCCACAAAGGCGCCCAUUGCCGAAGUGGAUGCCUAUUUCUAUUUGCUGCUGCUGGUCAAAUUGAUCGAUGCUGGCGAUUUGCAGCGUGCUGGUACUUGCUCCGAUGCACUGAUGUCCAAAAUAUCCAUACAGAAUCGUCGCACCUUGGAUUUAAUUGGUGCCAAAUCGUAUUUCUACUACUCACGCGUCGCCGAGCUGAAUAACGGACUGGAAGGCAUCCGGGCCUUUCUGCACGCCCGUCUCCGCACUGCAACGCUGCGCAACGAUUUCGAGGGCCAGGCUGUCCUCCUCAAUUGCUUGCUGCGUAACUACCUCCACUAUGCGCUGUACGAUCAGGCCGACAAGCUGGUCAAGAAGUCUGUCUAUCCGGAGUCCGCUAGCAAUAAUGAGUGGGCGCGGUUUCUUUACUAUUUGGGUCGCAUCAAGGCCGCCAAGCUGGAGUACAGUGAUGCCCACAAGCAUCUUGUGCAGGCUUUGCGUAAAUCACCACAACAUGCUGCUAUUGGCUUCCGCCAGACGGUGCAGAAAUUGAUAAUUGUGGUGGAGCUGUUGCUGGGCAACAUACCGGAGCGUGUGGUGUUCCGCCAGGCUGGGCUGCGCCAAUCCCUGACACCGUAUUUCCAGCUCACGCAGGCUGUUCGGUUGGGUAAUCUGAAGCGUUUCGGCGAUGUUGUCGCACAGUUUGGACCCAAGUUCCAACUGGAUCACACAUUCACUCUAAUCAUUCGGCUGCGACACAAUGUAAUCAAGACGGCAAUACGCUCCAUUGGACUCUCCUAUUCCCGCAUAUCGCCAAAGGACAUCGCCAAACGUUUGGUGUUGGACUCAGCGGAAGAUGCCGAGUUUAUUGUCUCGAAAGCUAUACGCGAUGGUGUUAUUGAGGCGACUCUGGAUCCGGCUCAGAACUAUAUGCGCAGCAAGGAGAGCACCGAUAUUUAUAGUACUCGUGAGCCACAACUGGCGUUCCAUGAACGCAUCUCAUUUUGCCUUAAUCUGCACAAUCAGAGCGUUAAGGCGAUGCGCUAUCCACCCAAAUCCUAUGGCAAGGACUUGGAGAGUGCCGAGGAGAGACGCGAGCGUGAGCAACAGGAUUUGGAGCUGGCCAAGGAGAUGGCUGAAGAUGAUGAGGAUGGUUUCUAAGCACACGCUGCAGUUUAUUCUUAUGCAUUAAUACAUUAAUUUUUCAUAGUUGUGUCGCGAAUGAAUUAAUAAUCAUAAUAAAAUUAAAUUUGAAAAAUUCUGUAACAACUCACUGGAACUAAAUCUGGAUAAGUUGUAUCAAAUUCGGACUAAUA